CUUGCCACUCUUAGUUAUUUCUUUACGUUUUAUUUCCUUCUUUUAUCUCAUUAUAAUCCCUUACUCCCCAUAAUGUCAGUAGAAGACACCCCCACUGGUACAGGACAUGUCGGUACCCUUACCCCCGACCAGAUCAAGACUCUCAAGAAGCUCUGGGCUGCACUUUACGAACUUCUAGAGACUGGUACCGUUACAAUUGUUUCUGAGCCUGCUGCUACUCCUGCUCCUGCUCCUGCUCCUGCAGCCACAUCUGGCUGGGGAGGCGGAUGGUUCGGAGCGUCUACCCCAGCUGCACCUGCCGAACCUGUUGUUGAACCUCCUAAGACGAUUACAUUGGCUGAAAUUGGCCUCACCGCAGAGGAAGUCAGAACUUCGCUGUGGAAUAACGUGUUAAGCGAUAACCCCGAUUCUUUAGUGCUCCGCUUCUUAAGGGCACGUAAAUGGCAUAUCGCUAAUGGCCUGUUGAUGAUGCUGAAUGCUUUCAAAUGGAGACUGGAGCAGAAUGUUGAGGAUGUCAAGACCCUGAGUGACGACGAGCUAGAUGCAAAGUACCCCAAGUUCAAGCAGCAGUUGGAGAUGGGCAAGUUUUAUAUUCACGGAACGGACAAGCACGGUCAGCCCAUUGUUUACAUCAACGUUCAGUUGCAUAGGGCUGGCGAUCAGGACCCCAAAACUCUUGAACGCCUGACAAUUUACCUCAUGGAGAGUGGUCGCCUCUUGAUUCAACCCCCAGUCGAGACUGUUGCUUUGAUCUUUGACCUUACCAACUUUGGACUUGGCAACAUGGAUUAUAGCCUUGUUCAAUUUAUUGUCAAGUGCUUUGAGGCAUAUUAUCCAGAGUCACUUGGAGCCAUUCUCGUUCAUAAUGCACCCUUGGUCUUCUGGGGAGUCUGGAAAGUGAUCGAGCCAUGGCUAGACCCUGUGGUUGCAUCUAAAAUCAAAUUCACAUACAAAAACCAAGAAUUGUUGGAGCUUAUUCCUGCUGAGCACUUACCAGAUACAUAUCAAGGCGCAGGACUGGAUAAAUUCAAGUAUGAAUAUCUGGCACCUGUUCCUGGUGAGAACGAUCUGAUGAAAGAUGAGACCACUAAGGCAGCACUACAGAAGGAAUGGGAUAGUCUGACCCAAAAAUACGAUUCCAAGACAAAGGAAUGGAUCCAAAGCGAGAAGGACACGCCGUCCCAUGAGAGGGAAGAUGUCGCAGCAGAGCUGCGUGCGCAAUAUUUCAAAAUGGAACCAUAUAUUCGUGCCAGGAACCAUUUCCACCGCAAAGAUCAACAUGGCAAGUCCAUACUUCAAAGCAACGGCACUGCGAUCUGGACUUACAACAACUAG